CGCAAAGAUCGAGAAAUGUGCUGGGUAUAAAGCUGCCGCUUUUGUGAUGUGCACACACGCAGACAGAGCAUGGACACGUGGGAAUUGGCAUGUCGUGAAACGAAGGCCAUUCAGCAAGGGAGUGAGUGCUCUGCCAGGGUGACACGUGGCGUGUGGCGAAGAAGAUCUCCAUUGGAAUAUAAAGGAUCUUCUUGGGAAAAGUUUUCAUGUCUUUAUAGCCGAGACGUUGACCACUAGUUCAGAAAGCAGCCAUCAUGAAUCCUCUCACACAAGUGAAGAACACUCAGAAGGCAACACAGAGGGAGGUAGAUGCAGGCAUCCAGGAUGGAGCAUCAUGGCAUGCACGUUACAAAGACUCUGCUUAUAUCUUCGCUGGUGGUCUGCCAUAUGAUCUAACAGAGGGAGAUCUGCUGGCUGUCUUUGCUCAAUAUGGUGAGAUGGUGGAUGUUAAUCUUGUGCGAGACAGAGACACGGGGAAGUCAAGAGGGUUUGCCUUUUUGGCAUACGCCGAUCAGCGUAGUACCAUUCUCGCCGUAGAUAACUUCAACGGGACUGUGAUUGGUGGACGAACAAUCAAAGUGGAUCAUGUGGCGGACUACAAGAAGAAGAAAGAAGAAGAUGAGGAGGCCAUGAGGGCCAGGGAGGAGCGUGGUGUUUGCCAUGCUUUUCAAAGAGGAGAAUGCAAAAGGGGGGGCUCUUGCAAAUAUUCCCACAAUCUCGAGAGGGCUGCUAAUACGGGUUGGAAUGAGGAGGAAGAGCGGAAGGCCCGUGCGAGAGAGCUUGGUGGUCAUGCAAGGGGCGGCGGUUCUGGUGGUUGUUGGCCGAACGACCUGUACGAAGGAGGACGUUCGAAGGAAAUGGAUUUCAAGGGAAGGGCGGGUCAGAUUCAACGAAAUGUGGAGGCAACUGAGCAAAGUGGUGCCCCGCGUUCUCUGAGAGAAGCAUCUGCGGCUGCGCCGGGUAGUAAUCCCUGGGAAGGGAGCGUGUUUCACCUGCUUCAGGCGAGCACGGCUGACAAGCAUCGGAAAAACAACUCCGGCCGAAGUCAGGGGGGCGAGAGGGAGCGGAAAAAAGAGGGUGCAGAACAGUGUAAGAAGGAGGGUGAUGCCACAGAUUCCAGGAAGCGAGAGACGGAGAAGAGCAAUGACACAAGGCAUGAUCAGAAACGUGGUAAGAGAAGUCCGGGUCGGGAUCGGAAGGAGGAGGAGGAGGAGAGGCGGCCACGGGAUGCCAUGAGGGAUGCAAGGGUGGAUAGAGGAGGGAGAGGCUUCUGCAGGGAAGCCCUGAGUGGAGGGGAGGAUGGAAGAGAGAGUGGUAGGGAUGUUGAGAGGGAGAGAUAUGGCUCCAAGUCUAGGAGGAGGGAUUGGGGUAGGGGGGGAUGGGAGGAAGAGUAUGAGGGAGCAGAAAGGCAGGGUCGGGACAAGAGCAAUGAUGUUGUGGAUUAUGGAAGGGGGCAAGAAACAUCGCGAGAAGAGGCUGCACGGAGGAGAGAGAAGAGGAGGGACGGAAACACAGGGAUUGAGACGAGCAAACGCAGCGGGAGGGAACAUGAAGAUGAGAAAGAUCAUUCUUCAGAAAGGAGACGGAGCCGGGAGGAAGGGACUCGAAGAGGUGAAAGGGAUAGAGGAAGAGAGGUGCACAGGGGUACAGAUCGGCAUCAUCACAGAGAUCCAGAUCAGAGACAUAAACACUCAGACACCAACAGAGACAAGGAUAAGAACAGGUACAAGGCAUCCAAGACGGACGAGGACGAGCGAUGGGGCCGGUCCUAGGGUCGAGAGGACCCGUGCAGAAGAAGAGGUUGGCAAGCACGUUCCUUCUCCCCCCCCCACCCCCCCCACCUCCUCCCCAAAUGGCAGCAACCUUAAGGUGUCAUCGUACAGCUGACCGGGCCUGGUAUUUUCCAAGUCAUUUCAUGCAUCUGCUGCCAUCAGGAUUUGGACCCAGGUCUGGUUGUCUUCAGUUCAUGGGUGGUGUACCUUUCAGCCACAUGGGCUGGGUGAGAAUGACCCAUUUUGUAUUUAGUAAGUAGCAGGGAUGAUCACAGUGUAGCGGUGUGUUGGAGGAUCGAAGAACUGAGAAGGUGACGGCAGUGAGGAAUGAAUGUUGUACCAGCACAAAAAAGGACGAAUGUUGACAGCAUUGAGGCCUAGCUCAGUGGGUACACCCAUGAAGUGUUGAAAUGCAGACCCGAGUUCGAAUCCAGAUGAUGGAACCUGAUUGAUGAGUAAAACCUGAUUGCGUCU